AUGGCUCUUCUCAACUAUCUCGGUUUCGGAGGCUCAGCGUCAGCGGCCACAGCGGAAUCCAAUUCCAGUCCUGUGAGAGCACUUCCAGCCAGCUGGUACACCUCUGAGGAGAUGUACCAACUUGAGAGACGCGCCAUCUUCUCCAGGCGAUGGAUGCUCAUCACCCACAGAUCGAGAUUCAACCAAGCAGGGAACUACGUCAAGUUUGAAAUUGCCGGGUACGAGUUUGUGCUGUGCCGGGACCGGAAGGAUCAGAUCCACGGAUUCCACAACGUCUGCCGUCACCGUGCAUUCCCUGUUGUGCAAGGGCAGCAAGGAACCGCCAAGAUCUUUGCCUGCAAGUAUCACGGCUGGUCAUAUGGUCUAGACGGCAAGCUGGCAAAGGCGCCAAAGUACGACGAGCUUGAAGGCUUCGACAAGUCUCAGAACGGCUUAUUCCCGAUUCAUGUGCGCAUCGACGCCAGCGGAUUUAUUUGGGUCAACCUUGAUGGCAAGGAGACCCCAGAGGUGCCAUGGGAGGAAGACUUUGAGGGUGUCGACACGCAAGAGCGCUACAAGGUCUACAACUUUGACGACUAUGUUCUCGACCAUGAGUACAAGCUCGACGGUGCAUACAAUUGGAAGAUUCUGGCCGACAAUUUCAACGAAUGCUAUCACUGUCCUACUGCUCAUCCCGACAUACCUACACUGGCAGACAUUGAGACGCACGAUGUCUCCGGUGUCGACGGAUACAUUAAACAUCAGUCUGUCCCUACGGAAGAGCAAAAGAGGCUAGGGAUGGCGAUUGGCAGUACUUAUUUCUUUCCCAAUGUUUCCAUUUCAGUCCUGCCACACUUUAUUAUGCUGCAACGCUUCCUUCCCAAUGGACCCAAGAGCUCCUCGAUGCACUAUCAGAUUUUCCGGAACAAAAAUUCAUCCGAAGAGGAUUUCCAACGUAUCCAUAAGCUCUAUGCCAAAGUUGUCUCGGAGGACAAAGUCCUCUGCGAACUUUCCCAAAAGAAUCUCAACGCUGGGGUGUUUGUGAAUGGCCAGAUGCACCCCAGGCUCGAAAAAGGUCCUUUGUAUUUCCAGCAGCGCGCGCGCCAGGCGAUCAAAGAGCAUGUCGAGCGCGAGAAGGCCGCAAAGCGAGAGAUCUGGCCUGCCCAACAGACUCUACCGCCUGAUGCUGCGGUGAGCAAGGAGGACAUGGAGCUUUGCCCCGGUGCAACCUGUCAAGCCAAUCAAGCCGUUUUGGCGUGGUGA